AUGGCGAGCGCAAAGCAGCAGGAGAAUAUGCUGCUUACUGAGCACUUUACUUGGCCUCCUAUUUCCCUAAUCGACGACAUAAUAAACGCCAUAAACGAAGUCCUCUACCGCUGCACCGACUCCUUCGAAACCGGUCUCUCCUCCGCCGACCCCUCCCUCCUCGGUUUCGCCGACCUCUACGCCUCGCAAAACCGCGUCCCCCAGAAAGACGAAGACGGAAACGAUGUAUACCCAGAAGCGCGAUUGGAAAUCGAGGAAGGGGUGCUGAAGCUAGAGACGCUCAUGGAGAAUGCCGUGGAUAAGAACUUCGAUAAACUGGAGAUUUGGACACUGAGGAAUGUUUUUGCGUUGGGGAGGGGGAAGGGCCAGGAUGAGGGGCCCGCGGAGUGGGUGAGAUUGGGGCAUUAUGAGAAUCUCGAACCACCCUCCAAAGACUCGACCCUUACCCCCGAAGCCCUCUACACCCUCCGCCGCAAACUCAUCGAAACACAAAAGUUAAACGCCGCUCUCCUCGCUGAGAAAACGCGCAAUGAGACACAGAUAGCACGGUUACGCGCCCUUCUCACACCGUCUACGUUGCCGAAACGCGAAUCCCUCACUUCGACAGGAGGAGACAAUGAGCAGGAGGGACAAGCAGCGCCGUUCGCCUUCCUAACGCAUGCGCCUGCUGCGAAGGAAAUAGGCAUACAGUCUUUACCUCAUACUCACACAAACGCAAACGGGGAGAAGAACAGCACCACCGACAAAAAGCCCGCCCACACACCCCUAACAACCCACACCACCUUCACAACAACCCAACUCCCCUACCUGCGCCAACUCCUCUCAAGCCUAAAACCGCAUUUGCCAAACACCGCACUACCCAGCAACACGUCCUCUCCUUCCUCCUACUCCAACUCCACCUCCACCUCCACCUCCAACGCCCAACAACAGCCACAAUCCAAAGAUAAAGAAGAGUUAACACGCGAACGCAAAAUCUACGUUGAGAGUCAGAGUAAACGCGUGUUGGAGAGACGGGGCGUGGACACGAAGGAUGGGGUUGAGGGGGUUUGGGAGGGGGGGAGUAGGGUGGGGAGUGAGGAGGUUAGGGGGUUGGAGGGGUUGGUUGAGGGGAUGGAUAGGGGUGGAGAGGGACAGGGGAGAAGGGAUGGAAAGAGAGAGCGGAGGGAAGAGCAGGAGGAGGAGGAGGGGCUUGAGGGGAUACAGGAAGGGGAUGAAGAUGAGGAUGCUAUGGAUACGAGCUGA